GUCUCUCCCUCCCUCGCGUCUCAAAUCGAAUUUUAGGGUUUUUGAGAAUCUCCCCAUUCUUCAAAUUUUCAAUUCGCUCAGUGAGGAGGAUCAUCCUGCCAAAACCAUGAUUUCAGAUUCCAUCACCAACGCCUCCGUUACUGCGUCCUCUAACGCCAGAGAUUUCUCAAAGAAGAAGAAGAAGAAGAACAAUAAGUCUGGUAAGAUGAAGCAGAACAAGCUCGGUCUCCGCCGUGACCAAUGGCUUUCUCAAGUUGCGGUGACCAGUAAGGGGUGUAAGGAGGAGAGGAGGGAGAAGCCUGAUCAGAGUAUUAAUAAUCUAGAUAGGCGGCGUAGAGAAGACUAUGAUAAUAACGGUGCCAAUCUUCACCAUGAGAGCUAUAUGGAAUCACCUUCAAGCAGUUCCGUGGGAGGCACUAACUUCAGUGAGAGAAGCAGGACUAGUAGUAGUAGUAGUAGUAGCAGCAGCAGCUCUAGUAACAUAACGGAAGAGGACAAUGCAGAUGAUGAUGACGGGUGUGUAGAUGAUUGGGAAGCUCUUGCUGAUGCAUUAGAAGCUGAGGAGGAGGAGGAGGAGGAGAAAGAGACUCUCCUCCAUAAGUCAGCCAAGGAGCAAGAGAGUCUCCUCCAUGUUGUGGGUAUUGGAGAUGAAGAAGCAUCAUCAAGGAAGCAAAUGAGUAAUCGAGCUUGGAGGAAGACAGACGACCACCACCACCACCAUCGUCCUCAAGCAAAGCAGAUUAGUUUUCCUGUGCUGGACAAGCGUUUCACCACUGCCUCGGCACCCUCUUCGUGUCCCAUCUGUUGUGAAGACUUGGACGCUACGGAUUCGAGUUUCUUCCCGUGUCCUUGCGGGUUCAGGCUCUGUCUUUUCUGCCACAAGACGAUUUUCGAUGGAGAUGGGCGGUGUCCUGGAUGCAGGAAGCCGUAUGAACGGAACGCGAUCAAGACUGAGACUAGUUUUGAAGGUGGCUGUGUGACUGUUCGGUUGACUCGUUCCUCUAGCAUGUUUUGCAGAUCUUGAGAAAGAGAGAUGUUGUUGUUUCUCUGUUUUCACCCCCAUCACUCUUGGGACUACUGACUCUGGUUCUUUUUGUUUUAGCUUUAGGUAAUGUGGGUAUAGUGUUUGGGACUCUGAGAACUUUUGAGCUUUGUUUGCUUCUAAGUCUGAAUCAUUGUGGUGAUGGUGAUGUAGUGUGGUGGUUUGUGAAUACGUAAAAAAGUGUUAAACAGAAUAUUCCAAUACAUAAAAAAUAGUUUCAGUGAAGCU